AUGGAGGCUGCUUCAUCAAGCUUUCAGCCUCAUCCAGGACUUCAACAAACUCUAAAGCAGUUUCAUUUGAGUUCCAUGAGCUCUCUUGGUGGACCGGCGGCAUUUUCGGCGCGAUGGCAACAAGAAAUGCUUUUUAAGAAAGAUGGCAAAAGCCCCGAAGUAAUCCUUAACCUUCCUACGCAAACACCCCCGGUCAUGUCCGGGCCCCUCUUCAUCCCCUCUGACCGCUCCACCGAGAGGUGCGAGACGGUCCUUGAGCGUGAAACGAUUUCUUGUUUUGUGGUCGGGGGUGAGAAACGCCUUUGUUUACCACAAAUACUUAACAGUGUUUUACGAGACUUUUCCCUACAACAGAUUAACUCAGUGUGCGACGAUCUCCACAUUUACUGUUCAAGGUGCACGGCAGAUCAGCUCGAAAUCCUCAAAGUUAUGGGGAUCCUGCCCUUUUCAGCACCCUCAUGUGGACUUAUCACCCAAACGGAUGCCGAACGCCUCUGUAAUGCCCUAAUAUACGGUGGCACCUUUCCCCCUCACGUUGAUAAGGAGCUGUCUGGCUCAAUAGAGCUAGAGCGAACGGAGAAAAGCUUCAAAGUUUAUCACGAAUGCUUUGGGAAGUGCAAAGGACUUUUCGUCCCAGAGCUAUACAUUAGCCCGAAUGCAGCAUGUAUACAGUGCAUUGACUGCAGGUUAAUGUUCCCAACUCACAAGUUUGUUGUACAUAGUCACAAAAGGCUAGAAAACAGGACCUGUCACUGGGGGUUCGACUCUGCAAACUGGAGAGCGUAUAUACUUUUGGAUCCUGACUACACUGACAAAGAGGAGAAGAGUUCGCUUCAGCAGCUUCUCAGUGAAAUAAAAGGAAAAUUUGACCUCGCAAACAAGUACAAGAAUUCAUCUUUCAGGGCAUACAGCCCAAUACCAAGCAAGAAGUCAAAACAGGAGCGUCCGCAGUCCCCGUUCCCAGACAAAGAGAAACACCCGGACUGGUUCCAGUCCUUGACAGCAUCUGCAAACAAGGACCUGAGGAAGCUUCAGUUUAAGCAGAGACCUUCAGCCUUCAGGCCCUGGUCUGCUGAGAGAGAGACCUCCAACCAGCAGCCUGAGAGGUCACUGUCUAAAAGGUCAGAGAACUUGACCAUCCCAAAUGGAGUAGAGUCCCCUGUCGCCCAUCAAAAGAAUGAACAGAUUCCUUCACGAGUCUCCACGUCCAGUGAGAGGCAGCCCUUAGGACUGGUGGACAGCUGCAGGCUGCUGAAGAGAGGUUCACAUGGGGAAACACAGCCCCAGUCAGUGGCCCAAUCAUUCCCGACCUCAACAGCAGUCAACCAAUCAGCCGCUGAGGACAAUGACUCCGAUGCAGACAUCGAGGUGGAUAACUGUGAUGAGGGUCCCCGUUCCCAUUCUUCCAUGCCACCCCUCCCCUGUGCUAACAAAGCCAUGGCCCUGGGCAGCCGCGGCUCACUGGAGGGACAGGAGGGUUGGGUCAGGCUGCCAGUAGGUCCCUGCUCUGAACUGGAGGCGCUCAGACAAACCCUAUACAGUGAUCUGACCUCUAAGGAGGCCAGGGAGAGGUUCCUGCAGGAGAUUGUCCGCAUGAGGCUCAAACAGGAGGAGAAGCUCGCAGCCGCCCUUCAGGCCAAGCGGAGCCUCCAGCAGGAGCUGGAGUUUGUGAGAGUGACCAAAAAGGGCAGGCUGAGAGAGGCCAUCGAAGCCAAGCGCAACCUGAGAAAAGAGAUUGAACGUCUGCACGUGGAGUGUGAGAAAAAAGUGAGAGAGGCCAACGAGUCGUGCGGCAGGCUGAAGAGGGAGCUCGACCAAGAGCGACAACUGCGCGUGUGUGACAAGGGCUGCGAGGCUGGCCGUCUGAGGGCCAAGUACUCCUCCCAGAUCGAGGAGCUCCAGCUGAAGUUGCAGCAGGCCGAGGUGGACCGGGAGCAGCUGAGAGAGGACCUCCUGAGGGAGCGCGAAGCCCGGCAAAACCUGGAGCGUGUAGUCAAAGAGCUCCAGGAACAGCUGGGCCACAACCUAGACAACAGCAACAGCCACUCUGCCCAGGAGUCUGCACCCCAACCUGUGGAGAGGGAGAACCAAAUCAAGAGAGCAUGUCCAGAUGUAGUUUAA